AUGGCUGCUGUAACCAAGGCGACGACAACAGUCACCGACAAGCAGCCUCAACAGACUCCGUAUCACCUCGACCCUGAUCAGACCCUCAAAGCCUCUCGGGCCUUGCUGCAGCACAUUCAGGCAGAGACCAAGCGCUUGCAGCAAGCAUCGUCAAAGAAGAGUCUCCUCGCCCCCAGCAGCUCGGAUUCGGAGGACGAUGCCGCCGACGACGCUACCGCCCCGAUCUGGCUCACCGUCACUACGAAACAACACAUCGUCGACAAGAACCGUCUGAAGCCCAGCAAAAUUGCAGUCCCGCAUUCUCUCAACACAUCCCCCGACCUUCGGAUAUGCCUCAUCACCACGGAUCCUCAAAGGGCAGUGAAAAAUGUAGUGGCCGACCCCGCAUUUCCCGAGCCCCUGAAGUCUCGGAUUACUCGAAUCAUCGGAUACACCAAGCUCAAGGCGAGGUACAAGACAUUUGAACAACUGAGGGAACUGCUCUCAGAGCACGACAUUUUUCUUGCCGACGACCGCAUCAUCACCCGUCUGCCGGGAACACUGGGCAAAGUCUUCUACAAGGGUACCUCAAAAAGGCCUAUCCCAGUUGUGAUUGCCGACUUAAGAAAAGACAAGGCAGACAAAUCAAAAAAGUCAAAGGAAGAUGGCACUGCGGCUCCAACAUCGCCACUCGCGCUGGCCAAAGAGAUCGAAAAGGCGAUUAAUGCGGUUCCUGUCAGCCUGCGGCCCGGUACACUCGUCGCCGUUCGUGUUGGCCUGGCCUCAUUCAAGCCCGAGCAAUUGUCGGAGAAUAUUUCAACCGUUGUUUCAAAGUUGAUUGAAAAGCACGUUGUCAAAGGAUGGAGGAAUGUACGAGGCAUUCACAUUAAAGGCCAAUCUUCAUUCGCAGUGCCGAUAUGGUUGGCAGAUGACUUGUGGACUGGGCAUGAGGACAUAGUUACUGCGACAACGCAGGAUGAUCUUCUAGAAGACGAGGCUGAGCAAGGACAGAAGCGAAAGCGAAACGCAACGAGCACCAAAGGUCCCCAGGCCGGUUCUCGGAAACGACUGAAAGUAGACGGAGGAAAGAAUGGAAAGUCUGAUCCUGGCCCGGACGCUGCACGUGCACGCAAAAGUAAAUUGGCUGCUCAGAAAGCGAAGCUCUUUGAGGAACAAGUCUAA